GUGCGAGGGGCGGGCCGUACCACGGGGCCGCGGGCGGGAGGGGGGGGCGCGGCCUGUGCGCGAGGAGCCGUGUGGCGGCGCGCGGGCUCUCGGUGUCUCCGGCCGGACCGGGCCCAGCGCAGCCCCAGCCCCGUCACGGGCCCCGCCGCCCGCCCGCGACCCUGCCCGACCCCGCCCGGCCCCCGGCCCGCUCAAUGCCCAGGGUGUUCUGUUGGAGGAUACUUGGCACAUUUAUGGCGAUUCUGAGCGUCAGGGCAGACUUCUGCCAGGCCCAGCACAGCACCCUGGCUGCCAAGUGAGCUCAGGGGGCUCCCCACGCGUUUGUGCCACAAUUCCCUUUUUUUUUUUUGGCCUCCAAGACUCCGGGAAGGCAGCAGGACGCGGCUCAGAUUUAUGGGAUAUCUCCUGGCCCUGGGGAGCAGAUUGCUGUCACUGACUCUGGCACGGCUCGGCACCAGGAGCACCCAGUGCGCGCCCAGCCCUGCCCUCGCCUCACCGGUGCCUCCAUGUAGGACAGGCUGCCCAGCCUGGCGUGCAGUGGGAAUUUUGGGAGUCUGAAGGAUACCACCCCGCCAGGAAUUGAGGAUUUGGAAGCAAACCUGCUUUUUCUAGGAGCAAAAUCCCCGAGGAACAAGCAAGCUCUGAUCAAUCCCGGCCAUAUUAGUGGUCUUUUUGAUGUUUUCUGCUGUGAAACGUUUCCAAGGUCAUUGAUUUUUUUUUUUUGUUUUGUUUUGUUUUCCCCCUUUAUUUUGAUUUUUUUUUUCUUUUUUUGGGUUUUUUAUUUUUUUUUUGGCCCCUCACACAUUUUCUUUGCCAUUAUGAACCGUCCAGCCCCCGUGGAAAUUACUUAUGAGAAUCUGCGUUUCCUGAUCACUCACAACCCAACCAACGCAACCCUCAGCAAGUUCAUCGAGGAGCUGAAGAAGUACGGGGUGACAACCUUGGUGCGAGUUUGUGAUGCCACUUAUGAUCAAGCUCCAAUCGAGAAAGAAGGGAUCCAAGUUCUAGACUGGCCGUUUGAUGAUGGAGCACCGCCGCCCGGGCAGAUCGUGGAGGAUUGGCUGAACCUUUUGAAAACCAAAUUUCGGGAGGAGCCCGGCUGCUGCGUGGCUGUGCACUGUGUGGCAGGGCUGGGAAGGGCUCCCGUUCUGGUCGCACUUGCUCUCAUUGAAUGUGGAAUGAAGUAUGAGGAUGCAGUUCAGUUUAUAAGGCAGAAAAGGAGGGGAGCUUUCAAUUCCAAACAGCUGCUUUAUCUGGAGAAAUACCGGCCCAAGAUGAGAUUACGCUUCAAAGAUGCCAACGGUCACUGCUGUGUUCAAUAAAUAAACACAAAAACCAAAAUAUUGAUCUCAAAAGGAAGGCAGAAGUGAGCGGGGGGCUCUUCUCUGGACUCUUGGCACCUGGAAAUGUGAAUCUGGAAUCAAAAAAAAAAAACAAAACAAAAAAAAAAGUAAAAAAAAAAGUUAUUAAAUUAGUGGUGGAGUCAGCGCUCCUCAACCUCUGUCCUAAAAAAUAAAAUAAAAAGGGUGAUGAUGAUUGAGAGGAAAAAAAAAACCCCACAAUUAGAAAAAAAUAUAUAAUAAUAAUAAUAAAAAAAGCCAAUUAAGAGAAA